ACACUUGGAGCUUUGCUUUCAGAUUAUUCUGUGUUUCUUUCUCUCUGAUUUUUGCUUUGUAUCCUUUGUUAUUUUCUGAUAGUCAUCUUCUUUCUCCAUGCAAGAGAAAACCCGGUGAUGGGUUUGGCUAUGGAGUCUUCAAACAGGAUAGUACCGAGUUUUCUGAUUCUGCUAAGCUUUAUAUUUGUUGUUGUUAAUGGGCAAUUCCCAACAACCCUUGAAGGACCCUUCAAGCCAGUGACUGUGCCUGUAGAUUACGCCAUUGUUGGUAAAGUUACUAGAUUACCUGUUAACAAGAACCCUAUUAUAAGGCCAACGAUUGAGUUUCAGCCCGAGCAAAUUUCACUUUCUCUAUCUUCAAACUUCAGUUCGGUUUGGGUUUCAUGGAUCGCAGGGGAAUUUCAAAUUGGUGAUAAUGUAGAAUUAUUGGAUCCUCAAAGUGUAGCCAGUGUUGUUCGAUAUGGAGUCUACAGAUCGGAUCGAAAUAAUCAAGCUGUAGGCACUUCAUUUGUUUACAGUCAACAAUAUCCUAUUGGAGGACUAGAAAACUACACUUCUGGGAUUAUACACCGUGUUCUUAUCACAGGGUUGGAACCUGAUACUAUGUAUGAAUAUCAAUGUGGAGAUCCUAAUAAAACAAUGAGUGAUGUUCAUUAUUUUAGAACCAUGCCUUCCCCGCUUGAGGACUAUCCGAGCAGAAUAGCGGUGGUUGGAGGCCUCGGUCUUACUUAUAAUACUAGCACAACGAUUAGUCACAUGGUAGCCAAUCAUCCAGAUCUUGCUUUAUUGGUUGGGGAUUUAAGUUUCGCGGAUUUAUAUCGUACCGACGGAGCUUUGUCUGAUUGUCAAAAUUGCUCAGGUCCACAAACUCUUCGCCAAGAAACGUUUCAGCCUCGUUGGGACCACUGGGGAAGGUUUAUGCAGAUUCUAACAGCUACUGUUCCGACAAUGGUGAUAGAAGGGGAACAUGAGAUUGAAAAACAAGCUGAUAAUCAGACAUUCGCUGCUUAUAGUUCUCGAUUUGCAUCCACACACGAUGAAAGUGGGUCGACAUUGUACUACUCUUUCGAUGCUGGUGGUAUACAUUUCGUGAUGCUUGGUGCAUAUGUUCCCUAUGAUAAAUCAUCCGAUCAGUAUAAAUGGCUGGAACGAGACCUGAGUAAUGUCAACCGAAGUGUGACACCAUGGUUGAUAGCUGCUUGGAGUCCUCCCUGGUACAGUACCUACAAGGAACAUUAUAGAGAAGCAGAGUGUAUGAGAGUGGAAAUGGAAGAAUUACUAUAUAAACAUGGAGUUGAUACUGUUUUCAAUGGACAAGUUAAUGCCUAUGAGAGGUCAAACCGAGUAUAUAACUACACGCUGGAUCCGUGUGGCCCGGUUCAUAUCACUGUUGGUAGUGGUGGCAAUGAAAAGAAUUUAGCACUUGAGCAUGCUGAUGAACCUGGAAAUUGUCCGGUUUCCUCCAACAUCACAGAUGGAUUUAUGGGUGGCUUUUGUGGAUUCAAUUUUACAUCCGGUCCGGCAGCUGGUAAUUUCUGCUGGAAUGAACAGCCUGGAUAUAGUGCUUAUAGAGAAAGUAGCUUUGGCUAUGGGAUUCUUGAGGUGAAAAACCAGACUCAUGCCUUGUGGAUUUGGUACCGUAAUCAGGACCACUACUCGUCUGGUGCCGAUGUAAUUUACAUUGUACGACAGCCAGAUCGGUGCCCCAGUCCAACUGAAGGGUGUGUUUCCAUCGCAGGUGUAGGAAGUACCGGAUUCAUGCCCGGAAAAGAGACGAGAGAGGUGCAGCUUCAUAAUACUCAGGAAAAGGCUUAUGUACCAUCAUACAUACUACACAUUUUUUCUCUGAUUUACACAAUGUACAUGACUAGAAUCAAUUUUUGUCAUUUAGGAUCACAAUCAUUUGUAUGA